AUGCCUGAGGCAAGAAUUGAGAGAGUUCCCAUCCUUCGCAAUGGUGGUCGUGGCAGAGGCCGCGGCCGCCGCAACUCCAAUGGCGGCAACACCAGCGCCAACAGGAAUAACAACCAGCGCGAAGAUGAUGGUUCCCCCAGCAGGAAACGAACUGCCUUUGAUCCAUCCGCGAUCAAUCCUCAGACAUACCAACCCGAUGCAACACAAAAGGAAUCACGAGUGGCCCCACUCAAGCCGCCCUGA